AUUCGUCGAAACGUGUUGUCCCGAUCUAACGCAGAAACUUCGAGUUUUAUCAUUUGAACAUUAUUAUUAAAGAAAUAAUUAAAUAUCGAAUUUCCUUUUCUUUGUUAUUAAACAAUUAAAAAUUUUUGCUUGUGAUUAUAUUUUAAAGAAAGCGAUGUCGACAAAAGCUGAUGAGCUAAAAUUGGAUAUCGAAGAAUUAAAUAAUUUACUUUUAAAAACGAGUCGUCAAAGAAGCAAAGAUGUUCUUAAUCUUGAAAUUAAGAAAUUACAAACAGAGUUAAUAAAAUUAACAGAAGAGAAUAAAACAUUGGAACCAAAACCAACUAGUUCAAUAUCUAAUUCUCCCCAAAAAUUUUAUGAAGUUAAACUUUAUAACUAUGGUUGGGAUCAAUCAGGCACAAUGAUAAAAUUGUAUGUUACAUUAAAGAAUGUACAUCAACUGCCUAAGGAAGCUGUGUCUUGCAAAUUUACUGAGAAGUCUUUAGAUCUUCAUGUUGUUGGAUUGGAUAAUAAAAACUAUAAUUUAGCAAUUAACAAUUUAUGUGAAGAUAUUGAUCCAGAUAAUAGCACUGUCAAAAUCAAAACAGAUACAUUGGUCGUAUCUUUGGCUAAAAAGAUUGCCAAACAUUGGUCACAUGUGACAGGAGUAGAAAAAAGAAUCAAAGAAUUAAAAAAAUCUGCAAUGGCAGGCACUGGUGAAGAUGAUAAUUUGGGUUCAAAUUUCAUGAGUUUAAUGCAGAAAAUGUAUCAAGAAGGAGAUGAUGAAUUAAAGCAGAAAAUAGCCAAAAUUUGGGCAGAAGGUCAUGAGAAAAAGUCAUCAAGACUAUAAAAU